AUGAGAAACUGGAACAAAUGGGCCCAAGCAGGGGCCAUUUUUGUGGUGUUUGUUCUAUUCAGAGCCCUGAUGAAUCGUGAGUCUUUUCCGGAUCAAACAGAAGGCCUAGGGUCGUUUUACAGACAGCCGCGAGUACAGCGACAGCAUAAUCCGGACGCCUCGCUCUCAAGACCUUUCCUAGACAAAAUCAACAGUUUUUGGCUGGUGAAAGGCAAAACACAGAUCAGAAACAUGGGCACUAUACAACUGACAUCGCGCGGCCAACCAGGUCAGUACGGCGCAGUCAUAUCGAAUGGUGCCGGAGACAACGUGCUAGACGACUUCGAGACCAUAGUAUCUUUCAAGAUAUACAACAACCAGGGCAGUGCGAUGCGUGGAAAGCGUCUAAUGGGGGACGGUAUGGUUGUCAUGCUCACGCCAGAAAAACAAUUUGUGUCGCUCGACUUGUUGUCUUCGUACGCCAGGAGACAGUACGAGCACAACUCCGGCGGAAUCUUGUACAACGACCAUGAGCUCAUGGGCCUACCACGAAAUCUGCCUGGCCUCGCAGUCGUUGUCGACACUUUCCGGAAUGACCAAAAAACCAAGAUAAAUGCGCCGUUCGCAUCGGUUCUACUGAUCGUCGACCCCCAAAGACAUCAUUACGACGCUGCCACAGAUGGUAGAGAGAGUACAGGGUUUAUGCUGGCGGGUCCCCUGAAAUUGAAAAACUCGCUCCUGUCAGGCAAGGACGCAAAGCUUAGAAUCAUUUCUCUAGAGAGCAUUGGGUUUUUGAAAAUAGACAUCGCGUACUCGGAGAACGAUGAGUGGAUUGAACUCUAUCAGAAAGAUACUAACUUGUUUUUACCUAAAAAUCAAAAAACGGGCGAACGUUACAUAGCGAUAGGCGCCUUGACAGGCGAGCUGUCCGAGACUGUCGAAAUACAGAACGUCCAAACGUCCGAGUUUCAUUGGGAUGGUCAUGACUACGAACAAUUCGACUUUGCCGAGGAAAUGCGUUUCUUUUUGGCUCACGAGUAUGGCGAGCGUAUUGAUAUCAAGGAAGACGAUUUUAAUGAUUGGAAAAUAGCAAAAGCGCAGGGCAAAACGAACUUGGACCUCCAUUUGAACAAGCCAUCAUCAUCGCCGUCAAAAACCCAUUCAAUACUGAAAUGGUCACUCAUCACUCUUUUACUGUAUGGCCUUUCGAUGCCGGGACGAAUCGCACUCAAACGCAUGCGCAUGGUCCAUGCCAAAAAGCAUUCGCGUAGCAUCUUGGGUUAG